CACGCAUGCACAGUUCACAAUAUUUUUUACCUUGGUGAAGAAGCGAAUGGGACAACAAACAGCAACAAUUGGCGUCCACUGUGUGCCGUCAGAAAUGAUCUGGGUGCUUUGGCUACGCUGAAGCCACGCACCAUUCGAGUCUUUGGUAAAGUGACAAGUGGUACUGCUGAAGAUGAGCGUAUGAAUUUCACUGUCACCCGCGAGAAUAUAUUCGAAGACAGGGCCAUGGUGGUGAUUAUAUAUCAACUGGGGAUAUGA